UCAAUCCUAUCAGUAACGAAAGCUUCAGACAUACCGCGCAAUUCAAACUCUCCCGCAAUAUCACAACAAACAAGGCCCCAUAUUACAAUCAGUGAACAAAACUAUAUCAGCAGUCCCUCCCCAAGCGUGCUAUUAUCAGAUACUGAAUCAGAUUUACUGGCACAGCUAGAUCUACAACACAAACUCCUAUUGAUAUUCUAG